AUGAACAAGUUGAUUGCUUUAUUAGCCCUACAGACAUUCGUCUCAAUCACUGCUGCAUCCUCAUUUGUAUACGAGGAUGUACUUGCGUAUCCACGCUAUCGAGUCAGUCUGUCGGAGAACAAGAUUCCUGAAUCAGUCGUGUUUGGCAAUAGCAUCAGCGAUACUACAGGAGAAAUAUCAACGAGCUCGGAAACACACGACAUAUUACAAGACGAUAACAAUGUUGUGAUGAUAAGUGCUUAUGGCCAACCAUUCUUGUGCAAAAUUCCCAACGUCGAUGCCGAAGGAGACAAAGAAAAACGGCAGAGACAAAUCAAAGAGCACAUGAAACAAGAAAAUACUCGUGGAAGUAUCGAACGCGGUCUCCAACUACUUGAACCUCUCUCAAAGGGCUGUCUUUACUUUACUUUACACGGGUAUUGGACAUACGAAUAUUGUCAUGGUCAGCAUGUAAGACAGUUUCACGAAGAGAGAAUUGCCCAAGGUGAAAAUGGACAACCAGACACUAGACGCGAAGGGGCAUCGUUUUACCUUGGGCUUUAUCCAGGCACCACGGAGAGCUCUGACCUGAUUCAGAGAAAUUCAGCCAAACAAAGCACAACAGUUCAACAAAUAUCAAAAAAUAUUCCAAAAACAGACUUACACCACGUAGGUGACAAAAGAUACUUGGUCCAGAAAUGGGGAGGAGGUACUCAAUGUGAUAUUACCAAAGAGCCUCGUAGCAUUGAAGUACAAUACCAUUGCGAUAUGCAAGUUCACGACAGGAUUACAAUGUUCCAAGAAAUCAAAACCUGUCAAUACCAGAUUGUUAUCUCGACACCUCGUCUGUGUGAAGAACUUGUCUUGUCAUCCCAAGCACAGUCGGAAACCUACCCCAUCAAGUGUGAUCCAAUUGUACCUGACCAUACCUUAACUGAUGAGCCCACCGAACAAGAGAAAGCAUCUGGAUGGGUUGAAGUUAAAGUGGACACCAAGGUAGAGUCCGACACUUCAAUUGUUGCAGCAACCGAGGCUGCAAGCAUGGUCAUCCCUGAGGAGACAGACACAUUCCAGGUUGUUGGGUCUGAGGUUUCGUUGUCUGAGGAAGAUGAAGGAGAAGAUGAACAAGAGUUGAGAAAGGCCAUUGCUGAGCUCACUGCUCAGAUCGACCAAUUACAGCGUCAGGUGAGAGAGUCUUCAUCGGGGCAGAUUGCAAAAGACAAAGCUAUCCAAGACCCUGGACUGGCAUACUUCUACAUCGACAGAAACGGAAAAAUUGUGCCUGCUGAUGAACAGACAAAGGAAGUGUUCCAGAAACUUGGAGGUCUGGAAAGUAAUGCUGUAAAGUGGGUACAUGAAGAUGUACCAGAAGAUCAAAAGAAGAACAAGGAAGCAUACGAAAAAAUAUAUGGCUAUUAA